GCCUCUGGGGAUGCUGGGUCUCAACUGUGUCAGGUGAUAGUCUAGGACCUCCUGUAUCCCACCUGCCCACAUGUGGUUCUUGGAGCCACCCACAUGUAGGGAGGCGAUGUGCAAAUGACUAAGCAGGAGAGCAGGUCAGGUGACAGGGCAGGAUCGCCUUGUCUUUGUAGCUGUCACUGCCUCAGGCCCACACUUUCAGGGUCAUGCUUCCCGGAUCCAACUCAAGUGGCAUCACAUAGUAGGACUGAGUGAGGGACUAGGAGGAGAAGCAGGGCUGAUGGAAUCUGACUUUCUGGAAUCUUCUACUUCAGCUCUCCUCAUCCUUCAGGAUGGCACUUGCCAAGCUUUUUAAACCCCGGAGGAAUUGGGGCUGAGCCCAGACCCAUCCCAGGUCUGAAGAAAAACAAAAGUACAACUCCUUGCAACAAUCCAAGAAACUCUCAAUUUCCCUCUCCCCAUCUGUUCUCUUUAGCACCCUUGUCCUAAGCCAGAGGUUAGCCUUUGGGGCUCUGGUCGGCUUCAUCCCUUCUGCCAGUCAACUCAAAUCUGGCCCUGAGCCAUUUUCCUGCUAUAGUGAAACAUGUUUGUAAUCUCAGCGGGACACUGAAGGUUGUAAAUUCAAAAUCAACCUGAGCUACAUAAUGACUUUGAGGCCAGCCUGGGCUACACGGGGAAACCAUGUCUCCAGGAAAACAGCUUUGAGAUUUCCCACUCCUGGACUGAAGGAAUGUGGCACUGUCAAAAUGGGUGAAGGGUAAGAGCUGGGAAAGAGAGGCAGUGCCUGCUCAGGUCAUCCUGGGCUUUCUGUUGUAACAACUGCAAACAACUUGUGUGCUGGGGGGGUCUCUAGGAGCAAUGGAGGAUUAAGGGCAGCCGGUCGCUUGGGAGUAGCUAAAUCCUGUGGGAUUCAUACUGACCUCAUGAGCCUUCAGCACUCUCCAGGUGAGAUGUGCAAGAAGGCGUUUCAGAGCCGGCAGGGCCCUUCCAGAGUUCCAGGGGCAGAGUCCUCAGGACCCUUGUGGUAGCAAGAAGCCAGUGGGGAGCAGGAAAAGACAAACCCCAGGGGGUGUUCUGCCUUCUGUUUUACCAUGGCCCUGACUAGGAGGGGUAGGGCGUGGUGGUGAGUUGCCCCGUUCCCCUGCUAACUGAGGAGGUAGUGGAAAGGUUAACUCACUGCAGGGUGGGAGUGGGUCAGCUCCAGGUCUGUACCCCUGAGGUCACCGGCAGACAAACAAGCAGGCCUCCUCCCCUGAAGGCACCGCCCGGCAGACAGCAGGAAGGGGUUAAACACGCCCGCCCGUCAUCCUGUGUCCUGUUACUGCUGAGGCAGACCUGCCUGGCCAGCUGAACAACUUUCCUCCCGAGACUGCUGGCCGGCAGGAGUCCUAGAGGCAGCCGCCAGAGGCUGAGCUCCAACCCGCUGAGGGACCCUGCUGUCCUUCAGAGGGCCCUGUGCCUCUCGGUCGAGGGUGGGGCUCCCGAGACCAGGGUCUAUGGUGGAUGGCUCUGGAGCUGCUCCCGAGGCUGUGCCAUACCCUGCAAGUCAAAGGGUCACUGCAGAGCCUGCUGGGGCUGGGGCGAGGGAGCCCACGCUGGAGCCCCAUGUGGAACCCAAGGACGCAGCCGCCCUGCUGAAAGCACGGCGGCCCAUCCUUCGAGACAGUGACCUCAAGACGGUGGCCCUCAGCCCUCUACCUCCGGCGGGGGUGGGGGCUGCCCACCUCCAAGUCCCCAACCAUGACAACCUCUGCGCUCCGACGCCAGGUGAAGAACAUUGUUCACAACUACUCGGAGGCUGAGAUCAAGGUGCGCGAGGCCACCAGCAAUGACCCCUGGGGCCCGCCCAGUUCCCUCAUGUCGGAGAUCGCUGACUUGACCUUCAACACGGUGGCCUUUGCUGAGGUUAUGGGCAUGCUGUGGCGGCGGCUCAAUGACAGCGGUAAGAACUGGCGACACGUAUACAAGGCUCUGACACUGUUGGACUACCUGCUCAAGACGGGCUCGGAGCGUGUGGCCCACCAGUGCCGCGAGAACCUCUACACCAUCCAGACACUCAAGGACUUCCAGUACAUUGACCGAGAUGGCAAGGACCAAGGCGUCAAUGUCCGUGAGAAGGUCAAACAGGUGAUGGCCCUGCUCAAGGACGAGGAGCGUCUGAGGCAAGAGCGGACCCACGCCCUCAAGACCAAAGAGCGAAUGGCCCUGGAAGGCAUGAGCAUUGGCAGUGGGCAGCUGGGCUUCAGCCGAAGAUCUCGGGGAUCCCCCUCCUCCUACACCUCCGCAUCCUCGUCUCCGCGCUAUGCCUCAGACCUGGAGCAGGCUCGGCCCCAGACAUCUGGAGAAGAAGAGCUGCAGCUGCAGCUGGCCCUGGCCAUGAGCCGUGAGGAGGCUGAAAAGCCAGUCCCCCCAGCCUCCCACAGGGAUGAGGACCUUCAGCUGCAGCUGGCUCUGAGCCUGAGCCGGCAGGAGCAUGAGAAGGGGUCAAGGUCCUGGAAGGAUGAUGACUCUCCAAUGGCCAAUGGCGCAGAACCCGCUGCCCGACGUCGACGGGACAGAGAGCCUGGGAGAGAAGAGAGAAAGGAGGAGGAGAAGCUGAAAACCAGUCAGUCUUCCAUCCUGGACUUGGCUGACAUCUUCGCACCUGCUCCAGCCCUGCCUUCCACACACUGCUCUGCUGACCCAUGGGACAUCCCAGGUCUCAGGCCGAACACUGAGCCAAGUGGCUCUUCCUGGGGACCUUCUGCAGACCCCUGGUCUCCAGUUCCCUCUGGAAAUGCUCUGUCCCAGAGCCAGCCUUGGGAUUUGCUUCCUACUCUUUCCUCCUCUGAGCCCUGGGGCAGGACCCCAGUGCUGCCUACCGGACCCCCCAUCUCAGACCCCUGGGCACCAAGCUCCCCCACCCACAAACUCCCCAGCACUGGAACAGACCCUUGGGGGGGCUCUGUGGAGACCUCUGACACCUCUGCUCUAGGUGGAGCCUCAUCCUUCGAUCCAUUUGCCAAAUCUCUAGAAUCCACAGAGCCCAAGGACAGCCAGGCCCUGGCCACGGGGAAGUCCAGCAGCCCUGUGGAGCUAGACCCGUUUGGGGACGCAAGCCCCAGUUGCAAACAAAAUGGCAUGAAGGAGUCUGAAGCCCUUGACCUGGGUGUGCUGGGGGAGGCGCUGCAGCCAGGAAAGGAGGCGCGCCCCUGCCGGACUCCGGAGUCUUUCCUGGGCCCCUCUGCCUCUACUUUGGUCAAUUUGGACUCACUAGUCAAGGCACCCCUGGCUGCAAGGACCCGGAACCCCUUCCUGACAGGUCUGGGUGCUCCGUCCUCCACUAACCCGUUUGGCUUGGGCGAGCCAGGCAGGCCGACCCUGAACCAGAUGCGCACCGGCUCGCCCGCGCUCGGCCUGCCGCCGGGGGGACCCGUCGGGGCGCCCUUGGGCUCCAUGACCUACAGCGCUUCCCUGCCCCUCCCGCUCAGUAGCGUGCCGGUCGGAGCGACCCUCCCCGCCUCGGUCAGCGUCUUCCCGCAAGCCGGAGCCUUCGCCCCGCCGCCCGCGAGCCUGCCUCAGCCGCUGCUGCCCACGUCCGGCCCGGCGGGGCCGCUGCCCCCGCAGGCUGGCACCAACCCCUUCCUCUGAGACGCUUCGGCGCCUGCGCGCGAGGCCCCGCCUCCUCGAGGGCGGUCGUGCAGGUUGAGCGUUGAUCCAGGCCUCUGUGGACCCCUGACCGACGCCGACCGAGCUAGGGACUGACCACAUCUAGGGGACGAAGACUACACCCGCCUAAUAAAGACUGGAAUCUACGUCUUCAGCUCUUA